AUGAAGCAGCUGUGGGCAGCAGAUACUAUCACAGGAUCAGGUCAUCUCAAAUCACAUCAACGUAUUCACACGGGAGAAAAACCUUACAGCUGUGAAGAGUGUGGGACAACUUUCACUACAUCAAGUGCUCUCAAAUCACAUCAACGUAUUCAUACUGGAGAAAAACCAUACAGCUGUGAAGAGUGUGGGAUAACUUUCACUAAAUCAGGUCAUCUCAAAUCACAUCAACGUAUUCACACUGGAGAAAAACCUUACAGCUGUGAAGAGUGUGGGACAACUUUCAGUACAUCAGGUGAUCUACAAAAACAUCACCAUAUUCAUACUGGAGAAAAACCGUACUGGUGUGAAGAGUGUGGGAAAACGUUCACUACAUUAAGUGCUCUCAAAUCACAUCACCGUAUUCACACUGGAGAAAAACCAUACUGGUGUGAAGAGUGUGGGAAAACGUUCACUACAUCAAGUGCUCUCAAAUCACAUCUUCGUGUUCACACAGGAGAAAAACCAUAGUGUUUUAAAGAGCCGCAAUUAAGCAUAUUUUGUUUUUUUCACAGUUUACACUAAACAAUUCCCAUCUAUAGAGUGGCGAAGUCACGCCCAUCUACUUCCGCUCCAUGGGACCUUAUUUCGGAAAAAUAAUGUAUUGAAGUCAAUGGAGAGAGAAAACAUAUCUUUCGAUCCCGUUUGAAUAGUGCCAUGAAUUACACAUAUGAUGUUUGUUAAUCUUAAAAAAUAAUUUCCAUGUCAAAAAAGUCACAGUUUGUCGUAAAACUGUUGAAAUAUAAGACUAUGAAAAAUACGCAACUACAAAGACUACUAAUCCC